ACCGCUGUAUAAAAGCGUCCACUCCCAGAGAAGAGAAGAAACAGAAACCAGAAACGCGGCAAACAGUGCGAACCAACGUCUUGAGGCGCAGAUACAUUUAGAAGAUACAUUGUACUCCCCAGUUUUUUUUGUUGUUUUUUGGUUGCUUCGACGAUUAGCAAGUGAACGACGACGAAGUGAACGGCUCGAAAGCGCGUCGAGCAGAACAAAAAAGAGAAUAGAACGUACCAAGUGUGUGCUUCGAAAGCAGCCAGCCAGCCAGGCCAUCCAAUCCAUCCAUCCAACCACCACCGAAUAGCGCCGCCACCAGUGCCACCACUGCCUGCUUAAGUAGCUCAGUAUCCCGAGUAGCAACUACCAAAAAAAUCACAGAUACAAUAAUGGCCGAGGCUAACAAGAGGAAUAUCCCCAUCAAGCUGGGCGACUUCAGCGUCAUCGACACGGAGUUCAGCAACAUCCGCGAACGCUUCGACUCCGAGAUGCGCAAAAUGGAGGAGGAGAUGGCCAAGUUCCGCCACGAGCUGAUGAACCGCGAAGCCAACUUCUUCGAGUCCACCAGCUCUACUAAAAAAACAACAACAACAACCAGCUCAACGACAAAUUCGGCCCUGCCAUCGCGAAUCCCCAAGCAACAGAACUACGUCUCCGACAUCAGCUCCCCCUUGAUCCAGGAUGAGGGCGACAACAAGGUCCUGAAACUGCGCUUCGAUGUCAGCCAAUACGCCCCCGAGGAGAUUGUUGUGAAGACCGUCGAUCAGAAGCUGCUGGUGCACGCCAAGCACGAGGAGAAGUCGGACACAAAGAGCGUCUACAGGGAGUACAACCGGGAGUUCCUGCUGCCCAAGGGCGUCAAUCCCGAGUCGAUUCGCUCGUCCCUCAGCAAGGACGGUGUCCUGACCGUCGAUGCGCCAUUGCCAGCCCUCACCGCCGGCGAAACACUGAUUCCCAUUGCCCACAAGUAGAGGACCGGAGACAGAGACGGAGGCCAAGGCCAAGGCCGAGACCGAGGCUUGGGCGACCACAAAAAACAGAUUACCUACAUCAUACAUACAUAUUGGACUAUCCUAUCUAAAUGAUUAAUUAAUUAUUUUUUUUUUUGGUUCUGAAUUAUGAAGCUAAACUAUGUUACUGACUUACUACUCAUAAUUAACUUAAAUGUAAUUCAAGUUAUUAUUAAAUUUGAUUAAUUUAAUUCAUAUUUAUAAUUUUACAUUAAACGUAAUCAAUUUUGUCGUAGUUGUCCCCGCAUUGGUUUCCUUUCCUUCAAAAAUUCAAUUCAAAAAUAAACCAUUAUUUUCGAUCCAGUCUAAAGGAUCCUAAAGUA